AUGGACGAGCACCUCAGCCUCCUGCGCUCGCCGCCGCCGCCCUCCGCCCGCCACCGCGUCCACCCUCCGCCACCCCCCGCGAGCGGCGGCGGCGCCCACACCCUGGUGAACCCCGGCUACGCCGAGCCCGCCGCAGGCCCCGAGCUGCCGCCCGACAUGACCGUGGUGCCCGGGGACCACCUGCUGGAGCCCGAGCCUGCGGACGGCGGCGGGGCCCCGCCUCAGGGCGGCUGUGGCGGCGGCGGCUGCGACCGCUACGAGCCGCUGCCGCCCGCGCUGCCGGCCGCCGGGGAGCAGGACUGCUGCGGGGAGCGCGUGGUGAUCAACAUCUCGGGGCUGCGCUUCGAGACACAGCUCAAGACCCUCUGCCAGUUCCCGGAGACGCUGCUGGGCGACCCCAAGCGGCGCAUGAGGUACUUCGACCCGCUCCGCAACGAGUACUUCUUCGACCGCAACCGGCCCAGCUUCGACGCCAUCCUCUACUACUACCAGUCCGGGGGCCGCAUCCGCCGGCCGGUCAACGUGCCCAUCGACAUCUUCUCCGAGGAGAUCCGCUUCUACCAGCUGGGCGAGGAGGCCAUGGAGAAGUUCCGUGAGGAUGAGGGCUUCCUGCGGGAGGAGGAGCGGCCCCUGCCCCGCCGCGACUUCCAGCGCCAGGUGUGGCUGCUCUUCGAGUACCCGGAGAGCUCCGGGCCGGCCCGGGGCAUCGCCAUCGUGUCCGUGCUCGUCAUCCUCAUCUCCAUUGUCAUCUUCUGCCUGGAGACGCUGCCCGAGUUCCGCGACGAGAAGGACUACCCCGCCUCGCCGUCGCAGGAGCUGUCCGAGGCGGCCCGCAACAGCACGUCGGGGGCCCCCGCGGGAGCCUCCAGCUUCUCGGAUCCCUUCUUCGUGGUGGAGACCCUGUGCAUCAUCUGGUUCUCCUUUGAGCUGCUGGUGCGGUUCUUCGCUUGCCCCAGCAAAGCCACCUUCUCGCGAAAUAUCAUGAACCUGAUAGACAUCGUGGCCAUCAUCCCUUAUUUCAUCACUCUGGGCACCGAGCUGGCUGAGCGACAGGGCAAUGGACAGCAAGCCAUGUCCCUGGCCAUCCUGAGGGUCAUCCGCCUGGUGAGAGUCUUCCGCAUCUUCAAGCUCUCUCGCCACUCCAAGGGGCUGCAGAUCCUGGGGCAAACGCUGAAGGCUUCCAUGCGGGAGUUGGGGCUGCUCAUCUUCUUCCUCUUUAUUGGGGUCAUCCUUUUCUCCAGCGCUGUCUACUUUGCCGAGGCAGACGACCCCACUUCAGGUUUUAGCAGUAUCCCGGAUGCCUUCUGGUGGGCAGUGGUAACCAUGACAACAGUAGGUUAUGGUGAUAUGCACCCAGUGACCAUAGGGGGCAAGAUUGUGGGGUCACUCUGCGCCAUCGCUGGUGUCCUGACCAUUGCUUUGCCCGUCCCUGUAAUUGUUUCCAACUUCAAUUACUUCUACCACCGGGAGACCGAAGGAGAAGAGCAAGCCCAGUACAUGCACGUGAGAAGUUGCCAGCACCUCUCCUCUUCAGCCGAGGAGCUCCGAAAAGCAAGGAGUAACUCGACUCUGAGUAAGUCGGAGUAUAUGGUGAUCGAAGAGGGGGGUAUGAACCAUAGCGCUUUCCCCCAGACCCCCUUCAAAACCGGCAAUUCCACUGCCACCUGCACGACGAACAAUAAUCCCAACUCCUGUGUCAACAUCAAAAAGAUAUUUACGGAUGUUUAAUAUAUGAUACAAGUGACAUGCUGUGCUCAGUAUUAUGUGGAACAUGCCCCCUUGGUCUUUGUAUGCCCUCGUUUUAUACGUUUCCAGGCCAUUCAUCAAGGAAAGAACAUGAAGAGGUGGAAAGCACACUUCCUUCUCCCUCUCCCUACUGCUUCAUACUGAAACAGGUGUCUGUUUUGCAAGUGGGCUGCAUUCUCUCAGCUCUCCUUUUUUUUUCUCCCCCUCUCUCUUAAUAUUGCAAACAAACUUACUUUAAACUUGAUUUCUGGUACAAGUCCUAUAAAAAAAAAAAAAAAACCCGUAUAUCCUGGGAGGAAAUGAAACUAAAGAACAGUUAAGAGUAACUGUUUAACCUCAGAAUUAAAAGGCAGUUGUUUCUUUACUAAGUAAAGUAGGCACAUACUUAAACUGUGCUUGGGUUUGAUGGGCCCGUCAACGUUAUUGAAUCUUUAGUUCAAUUGCCUAUGCUGUGGAUAUGUGGAUGGAAAGUCUAAUUAAAACAAUGACUUGUAAACCCACCAUAUUAUUUGGUUUUUGACUAGAAUUUCUAUUUGGAACUCCCCUCCUGGAAUUUUGAGCUUCUCUGCAACUUUGAACAAAGGGGAAUGCCCAAGAUGUCCUGAUCUGACUAAUAUAGUUUAACUCUUGGGGGCUUGUUAAGCAUUUCAAAAGUAUUAGACUAACAGAUUCCUGUGAAGUUCUGUGUGUGUUCCAGCCAGCAUCUAUCAAAGUCUAGAAACAGAUGUUUUCAGUGCUGCUGAGAGAAACAAAAAAAUUUCCUAAUGCAUCUGAGAGAUAAGCUUCUGCAGUAUCACAAGAAGAUUAAAGUGGCAGACACUCCUUCCAGCGGAACUUACUAAUUCGGACCUGACUGAUGCAGUUCCCAUAGCAACCCAUGUUUCCUGGGAAACUCGAAAAAGGUUGUCAUGGCAUCUCUUGCUCUCUAGCCCCACCCCCUAGCCCCUGCCUUUUCCACAAUAAUCUUUCCAGAUGUUUUCUACUUACAUGAUUUCAUAAAGGAAACCACUGUUUGAACAAAGUCUGAGAAUCUUCGUGAAGUGGUGAAAUGAAUCACAAAAUGCAUAUUUUUUUACUACAAAAAAAUCAUUGAUGUCAUUCCAUAGUGACUGAAUUGAGAAGGAAAAUAUCGUCUUUGGAAUGGUUAGAUAUAUACCACAAUAAGGCAUGAUUUGAAUUAAAUGCCAGUAAUAAGGCAAUAAUUUUAAAAGAUGGUUCUCUGUUUCCUUCGUUCUCCAAGAAGUUUCAAGCCAACAAAUGAAAUUUAAAAGCAAAUGUAGAAUUGUUCUGUACAUAAGCAAAUGAAAGAUUCAGUCAGUGCACCUGAAACCUUACAAGGGACCUUCAGACUUUCUCUUUAAAAAAAAAAAAUCCAGAUCCCACAACAGCACUGUUACCAUCACAGCACUUGAAAAGCGAAAUAAACUUUAAAAAUAUAAAGGAUGCAUGUUUUUAACUGAGGGAAUUGCAGACAAUCAAUAAAAAGGAGGGACGGGAAGUAACCAAAUCUUGGGGAAAUUCCUGCAAGUUUCAGCCCUAUGCCAGGGGUUGCCAGAAGACAAGCAGAAUCAGUCAACGUUUUCUACAGCAGUUCCAAGUCCUUCCCACCUCUCAGCUGUGAAUAGAAGUGAUAACCCCUCCCUCUAAGAAAUGCAAAGAAGCACACAUGCCCCCCAGUCUGAAGACUUAUGGAAACACUGUGAGAUAGAGAAUCCAUACUUCUGCCUUGCUGCCACCACCACUUUAAUCCACACUACCAUCAUCUCUAUUCUGGAUACCUGAAGAGCCCCUCACAUAAAGAACUGUGGAGCUGCACCAACCAGUAGGAUGCUCUUUUUCAAAUUGCCUAGAUCAAGAAUGCAGUGUUGGUUAUAUCGCUGAUGGGCGGGGAUCUGUCUGCCAGCACAUAUUUUUGUUUCAAUUGACAUUAAAUAACAUGUCUGUGACAAAUGCUUUAUAUAAAGGAAACUGCUCUGAAGCUGGAGGAUUCUCUUCAAAUUGUGUGCAAUAUAAAUGAUAUUGAUAAAAAGAUAAGGACGUAUGUUAAAAAUACUAAGGUAUCAUUUCAACCUUUUGACAUUUUGAUGAAAUCUAAUCAUCCAAAAAGUAAUCAGUACUGCUGAUAAAGAAAACCUAAAUGUUUCCAACAAGCCAACUGUUACUAUUUUCUUUUUUCAGCUAAUUACUGGACUAUGUUUAAUCAUGAGAUAUAUUAGUGUUAUUUUCUAUGUUCUGGGUUAGGGUGCAACUUUAUUUGUGAAGGUGUGUCAUGUACCAAAGGCUCUCAUACAUCAAUUAGCCCAUUUACAUGUAAAUGAGUAAAGUCGACACUGUGCCCAGAUGAGUGGUAUUAAAGACAGACUUGCCUAAAAGAAAUGUGCCUUGCUUGAUUAAACAUUCUUUUAUUUUUUGAUUCAAAAUGAUAGAUUUGCAAAUUAGUGUCUUGUAGGUAGGUUUUAGCUGAGCUUAACUUAAAAAAUAUAUAUUAGUACUUAUAUGUUUAAGUUGUCUAUCUUAACUAAUAUUUUAACAUUUAGUUGUACUUUUCAACAGUUCAAUAUUAUAUACUCAUUCAAUUUAGUUUUCAUGCGAUGUUUGGUGUGGCGAGACAAAGCACAUUCUUAAAGAUAUAUAUAGUAUUUCAUCUAAUGUUUAUAGAAUUUCCUUCAAAAUUAUAUCUGUAAAAGGUUUCUUGACUCAUUUUCUAUUUUUAUAUUCUUUUAGAAAUGUAACUUUUCAAUUGAAAAAAAGCAAAGGUUUAGUUGGAGCAGAGAUUCAGGAAGUCAUGAAGAUGAUUUCCCAUUUGGGGACAUUUCACUUCUGUGCCAUUAUUAAUGUAUUUACUGUGACAUUUCAGCAGAAUGGUAGCUAUUUGUAUAUUAUUUAAUAAGCCUUAUGGAAAGUCAAACUGUGAGCAUUUAGUAUAAAGAAGACUUUUUUUCAUUUCCAUAUUUUAUUUUCAAAAUAUACCUGAACAAAUGCAUAAAUAACCAAUCUCCUGUUAUUCAAAUGCAUAACAAUGCUGUUAUAAUAGGAGCACUUGUAGAAUUUCAAUUAUUAUCAAAAUAUUUCAGUAGCAAAGCCAAAAUUGUAAUACUCUUGAUGCCCUGUAGAAGGAAAUACAGGUGAAGAAUUUCAUUGUUAAUAUAUAAGAAACAGUAACUGAAACAAUCUUAUACCUACUAGCAGCGAAACAGAUGGAUAGGAGAUGCAAUCCAGGUAACUUUCUUUGAGGCAACGUCUACUAUGAAUUUUGCACAGCCUGCUGGUAAUUUCUCUGUGGUCAAUAUUCUGAGACCAAAUCAGUCUAGGAAAAAUAAAGUAAAAUAGUGACAGGUGUCUCAGAUUUGGGCUAUGUGAACCUCCAAUCUAGAUGAUUUGUGAUUAAAGUGAAAAUAUAGCCACCACUGUAUUUUUGUUCUGUGUUAGCCCACGUAGUAGAGACACUGGCCCAGAGAAUAGUCAGUCCAUCAGCCACCUUAAGGCUUAUAACUGAUGAUCACAGCCUGGUCAGCAGUGAAGUAAUUCACAUCAGCUAUUGGGAUGUUGGAACAAACCAAUUAACUGUCCUAUAAGAGGUCUUAGAUAUUCAGAUGUUUUAGUAAGGAUCAGUAGAUGUUACAAAAAUAGACACAGGAACUACCUUCAUAAAACACCAAUGACACAACUUUAAGCAUUAUAGUACAUUUAAUAUCAUAUCUGCAUUAUUAUUGCAGGCUACAGUUUCAUAUAAAGACAAAACCUGGACUUUUGCAAUAAAAGCACAGAGUGGUACUGGAUAAGUGAAUUGUCAUAUUCAAUAUGGUUCACUGAAUAGGUAGUAAAAAUAGUAUUGGUCUAGAUAUCAGGAGACCAAAAUUCUUAUCCACUUUCUACCUGUGGGACCCUAGAUUAGUCACUUACCAUGGCUAGCCUUCAAUUUCCUAAAUUGCAAAGUGGGUGUGCUGGGUUAAAUAAUCUCCAAAGCCCCUUUCCAGCCCCCAAAUCCUCAUCACACACAUUUGAAAAGGCUUUGAAGAAUAUUAAGUACUGAGAUUUUCUUAUGCAUUUCUGAAGGAAAGAGUAAAUGGAAAUAAAAUUUAAGCCUUGAAAGUGUCAUAAAUAUGUCAUUCUUUAAAUUGAUUGUGAGAAGAAGAAAUAGGAUUCUUUCUCUUCUAAGAAGUGUCACUGGUCUAUAGUGGGAUCCUGAAAAAGUAGAAAAAUUACUCUGCAGAAUGGAAACAUUAAUAGCUGGAAAGGAAGGGAGAUUAUUUGUUCAAUUUAAUUGUAUGUUAAGGUGAUUUGAAAUUGUAUAUGAGAUGCUAAAACAGUACCAGAGCUUUACUGCACACUCAGCAUUAUAAUCCUGGGAUUGGGAGAAGGUGGAAAAAGGUUGGAGGGACAGGAGUGUGCCUUAUGAUCUCUUGAUUCCUUUUGCACAAGAAGCAGUCUAGCAGAGCUUAAGCAGGUGUCUGUGCGUUAGUGCCGGCUCUGCCAAUAACUCUCAUGUGCCCUUGGGAAGUCCCUUUAACCUCUCUGAGCCCCAAUUUCUUUAUCUGUACAGUGAAGACUUUAAAUUUAGUAAUCUGUAUGUUUCUUUACAUCUUUGAAAACUCUCUCAUUUUCAGUGCUCCCCUCCAGUCACUAAGAUGCCACAUAUCUCUACUCAUGUGACUGAACAGACUGCUAAUCCCAAUGUUCGUAUUUCUAAUAUUGCUAAUUGACCUCAGCAAGAUGUGAAAAAUGUAAACCUUACUUUUAAUUUUGACCAUGGUUUAAU